AAUUCCGACCAUUGUUUUGAUUUGAUUUCAAGUGGCAAAAGGUUGUAAGCACUCUUGUUAACGCUUUGGUAAACAAAACUGGCAAACGCAGUGGAAAGAGAUGGUGAAGAUUAGCAUCAAGAACUCAGGUAAGACAUAUCCUUUGGAAUUGUCACUGGAUGAUACUGGGCUGGUGUUUAAGCAGAAGAUUCUGGAGGCCACACGAAUUCCAAUAGAGAGACAAAAGGUGUUGUUGAAGACUGGCCAGUUGAAAGACGAUGUGCUGGUGUCGUCGCUGGGGUUGAAAGAAGGACAGGUUGUUAUGGUCAUUGGUUCUCCUGAGUUGAACUUGCCGGUUGCUGUUAAGACUGUUUUCCUGGAGGAUUUGAAGGACUCCGAUGUGAACUACUCAAACGACCCUGUUGGGCUACAGAACUUGGGUAAUACGUGUUAUCUCAAUUCCUCCAUUCAAGCACUCCACAGCAUUCCAACUGUGGCCAAAGCAUUGGACACGAAUGAGAAAGUUGGAGAGAUUGGGUCUGAGGAGCAUUUGGUUCUGCAGUUGAAGAGGGUAUUCCAACAGCUGGACGAGAAGAAGAAGGACUAUGUCGUUCCUCGUGAAUUGGUGACCAGUUUAAGAGUUAACUCACCAAUGUUCAACGAGCGUGAUCAGAUGGGCAUGUACAAGCAACAGGAUGCAGAGGAGGCAUUUACGCUGUUGCUUCGUUCUUUGGAAAAAGUUAUAGGUGACGAUUUCAUAGAAAACUUUGUCAUCCGUUUCAAGUCCUUGACGAAGAACACCGAGGAUGAAUCGGACGUUGAUGAAAAAGUUGAACAGGAUUUGAAGCUACAGUGUCAUAUCAAUGGCAGUACUAACUUCUUGAAGAAUGGACUCAUCGAAUCCUUGAACGACACGGUGGAAAAGCGCAGCGCCAAGCUGGACAAGGAAUGUGUGUAUGAGGUUAACAAGAAGAUUACCAAAUUGCCAUCUGUGCUGACGGUUCAAUUCGUGAGAUUCUUUUGGAAGAGAUCUACAAAUAGAAAAUCCAAGAUCUUGAGAAAAGUCCAAUUCCCAUUCCAAUUAGACUUGGCUGAUGUGUUGGACGAUGGGUACCGUGAGGAGAAGAUUAAAAUUAGAGACGAAUUGAGAAACGUUGAGAAGCAACAGUUGACGGAGGAGCGCGAGUUUAAGAAGCAGAAGAAGAACAUCCUACCAAAAGACGAGGAUGAAUUCGAUGAAAAGCAAUACAAGAAGUUUGUUGAACAGUUUAAGGAGAAAUUUCCAAAGGAGUUGCAAAAUGGUGAAAAUCCAUCUUCGUUGUACAACCUGAACGCUGUCAUUACACAUCAGGGUACCUCCGCAGACUCUGGUCAUUACCAAGCGUUUGUUAAGGACAAGUACAACGAUAACAGAUGGUGGAGAUUCAACGAUGAUAAAGUUAGUAUCGUGGAUAAGGAAAAGAUUGAAUCCUUGGCCGGAGGUGGUGAAAGCGAUAGUGCAUUGAUCUUGAUUUACAAAGGCUUUGGUCUUGAGUAAAUUCGUAUCCAUAGUUUAUUCUUGUUUUGAUUCUCUUGUAUAAUCUACUUGAUGGAAGUGCGUUUAAUUUAUCUGAGCAACCAACUGUUCAAACUUGGCAACCUCAUCCCAGCAGUUCAACGGCUGUUUCUUAUUGGUUAGAAGGCAUUGGGCAACGUCAUCUUUGGCUUUUGCAACCUCAUCGGUGACUUUAAAGAUCUUAGAUUGUCUCUUGGAUAACGACUCUUGGAACUUUUCCAGUCUCGUAGCGAUAUCUUUGCUGG